AUGGAGGACAGCAUCGAUUUACAGCGCGAGUCCCUUAACAAGCUGAUACCAGAGUCUGGUAGCGAUGAUACUAGUAGUAGUGAUGAGGUUAACGGAUUGCCAACGAGUAGCGAUGGUGCUGACGACGUUAGCUUGAUUAACAGCGAAGAUUUGAAUAGUUCGUUAUUGAAGAGCGACCCUGGAGGUACUAAUAAAUCAGAUCAAACCAAGAAUGAUGAGACUGAUUCGAACGAUGAUCAACGAAUAGUUUUAUCGGGUGGAGUUGAAUUGGAAGAAGUACAAGAAACUGUAAAAGUAUACAAUAACGUAAAACAGGCAUUGCUAGAAGUGGAAACAACAGAUGAGUCUCAGUUAAUAUUAGAUAAAAUUAAAAGAGAUAGUCAGUAUUCUAGUGACACAGAGUGUGAAAGUCGAGAUGCGGAUAGUGAAUUAGAAGAUAUUCAAUUAGAGUUCCGAAGUAAAUAUCCACAGUUACAAAUCCCAUAUAGCGAUGAGCUUUGUGUAAAGAUCAUACCUUACUUGGAUAUUGUUUAUGACAUUCUGAGUGGGGUUGUUACUUCAAUGUACUAUACUAGAGCUAAGAGAGCAGCCAUGGAUUCCAAAAAGGCAUUUUUAUCAGCAGAGGAUUUUCGAAACUUGGACAUCAAUUUAUUUACUGCCGGAUAUUUUGGUCUCCGAAGACAAUUGAAAGUUGGUAAUAUUAUUUAUGAAAAGUUUAGGGAUGAACUUGCUCGUUCUAAAUCUCCUAAGAUACAAUGGUGGGGCCCCAUUGACUUUGCCAAUUACGUCUUGGCACCAGAAGUAUUAGUUAGCUUUGUGCUUGAUACAUGCCAGAAUAAAAGGUCUGUGCAGCUGACCUCGAGGCAAGAUGUUUAUGAAUUAUUCGACAAUACGACUUAUUAUGGCAACACAGUGACAGACAAUGAACCUUUAGAGUCCUGGGAAUUAUCAAGGAAAAAAAGAAAAUAUGGACCUACUAAUAAUCAAAAAACUCACAAAACUAGGAAGAAGAAGUCAUGA